AUGCCGUCUCCCGCAGCCCGCGGCUGGUCGCUGUCGCAGCUUUGGCGCGACGACGACGAGGAGAUGGCCAGCAAAAAAGACGAUGAUCUUGGCUUGCCUCGGCACGCCAAACAUCCCGACCAGUGGCAAGCCGCACCCAAAUCUUCACUCCACUGGACCACGGUGCUUCGGCUCAUUGUAUACGCCGCUGCUCUCCUCAUGCUCGUGUAUGGGCUGUUCAGAGUCGUCGGGCCUGCUCCAGGGGCCUCAUCUCUUGAUCCGGCAAACUUGAUGCCCUUGUAUGACACGCCACGGCCGCCUCCCAGAUACGAUGCACCUCGGAUGGAGGAAGACGGGCCAACCAUCAAGACACCAAAGGCGCCCAAGCCACCAGGGCCUCAAGCCGAGCCUCAAGGCGGCAGUGGUAGCGGCAUAGGUGAAAGCAAGACUGCUGCGGAAGCUCCUAGAUCAUACAAUGGACCGCUGAAGCUCCCAAACUUGGGCCCGUCGUUGCAAGCCAUCAUGGCUGACACGUCAGGGAGGCUGCAGAAGAAUCGCAACGUCUUAUUCACAGCUGCUAGUCUUCGGAGUGCGGCACUUCUCCUCCCAAUAGCAUGUCAGAUGGCGACAGAGCGCCAGAACUAUGUACAUUUCGCAUUGAUGAGCAGGAGUGAUAUGCCUAUGAAAGAACUGCUCGCGAUAAACGGCAUCGACAAGGAGUGCCCUCUGAUUGUGCAUGAUGCUCGUCCUGACCAUUCCACAAUAGCAACUGACACGCGAAUGUCCCUCUCUGUGGCCCGAGCUCUAUACUACGUCAAUCUUUACAUGCACCCUCAAGCCAUCAUUAUAGACUCCUCAGCUACCGAGGAGCACUAUUUUCUCUCUGGCAUUCGUGACGAGGUCCGAAGCACAGGGUCUACUCUAAUCGAACUUCCAGAGCGGCCAGGCAGUCGAUUCUCGUGGUUGUCAAAGCUUGAUGCUUCUGCACUAGCAGCGUGGAAUGAUGUCAGCUUUGACAUUCUCAUCCAUGCCCCUCCACACGGUACAGGAAACCUCAAGCGGUUACUUCGAUCUCUAUUGAGAGCUGAUUUGGCCGGCGUGUCUCCACCUCACAUGACCAUUGAGCUUCCAACAAGGAUUGAUCAAGACCUGAACAAUUUCCUGACCGGAUAUCAAUGGCCGUCGAAGGCUCCCAGCGCAGGUCCGAAGCCACGGCUUCUCUCGCUGCGUCACCGUAUUCCUAGACAGAAAAUCGGUGAAGAGGAGAGCUCCGUUCGGUUCCUCGAGUCGUUUUGGCCGACGAGACCGUCUCACUCUCAUGUCUUGGUUCUGUCGCCUCACGCCGAAGUCACCCCUCAGUUUUUCCAUUAUGUGAAGUAUUCCCUUCUGCAGCGACGCUACUCUGCCAUUGCAUCUCGCCAGGAUUGGGAAAGUAAACUCUUCGGUAUCAGCUUCUCGACACCAACAACAUAUCUCGACGAUAGCACCCAAUUCGCACCUCCAAAACCACUCGAGGGACAGGAACUUGGCGCAGAAGGCACCCCUUUCCUUUGGCAGGCCCCGAACAGCGAUGCGAUUCUUAUUCUGGGAGAUAAGUGGGUGGAGCUUCACGGUUAUGUAUCCCAGCUUUUGGAAAAACGACAUGCCUCGUCGGCAACGCCAGAUAUCAUCUCAAAGAAAGAGGUUGGCAAAAGGCAUCCCGGUUGGCUAGAAUACACGCUUCAGCUGUCGCGCAUCCGGGGAUACUUUACCCUCUACCCUACCCAGCAGACGGCCAAUACCAUUGUCGGUAUUCACACUGAUUUAUAUGAGGCGCCGGAGGAAUAUCAAGGCGAGAAGGCUUCCGAGCAAGAACAGGACUCAGUCAAGCUUGCCACGGAGUUGUUUGAUCCCGCAUCGCAGAUAGACAUGCUGGCGACGCUUCCGAACGAGGGCGAGUUGCCGCUCCUCUAUCACCUCCCUUGGCUAACCUGGGAUGGUAAAGAGACAUACGACGGUGCUAUCCAGAAGACCGCCGCCAAGUACAGGCUGGCAUUCCGCGAUCAAGUCGGACAGUGCAGAGAUGAAAAUCCAGAAGCGAUUCCGGGUUUUGAUUCAUAUGCGAGGGAUCUCUUCUGUUUUAACAAAGAGGUGUAA